UAUUCGAGUGUAAUUAGGACGAUUGUUAAAAAAUUUAAACUAUCCGCAUUAUUCAACCAAUCAAUUUCAACUCAUCUAUUAACCAAUCACGAGUAUCCAUUCUGACUUCUAUUUUGAAUCGCCCAAAAUUUUAGGUUAGGUUUAAAAAAUGUUUUCCUAUAGCAUUCUAAAACAAAUUUCUAAACAUUUUAAACAUACUAUACGAUAUAAGCACGCUCCAGAUCAUUGGUCGGUUGUACGUAAAAAAAUCCACCCAGUAGACAAGGCAUUGGAACAUUUCGACGACUUUUAUAAACAAGUGUUUGGCAAAAAAACAUGGGAAAGGAUCCGAGAAGGACUGUUGGGCAAACAAAAAUACGUGGCUAUUGUAAACAAUUAUGCGGACGACGAAGACACAUGUAAUACCUUCGAAAUGGAUGGUGCAAUAAAUGUUCGGAGGAUAUUUGAGUUGGAAAAAGAUUACAUUAGGGAAGAAGCUAAGCAAUCCAAACGUAAUAAUGCAUUAAAUGAAAUUUUUAGAAUGGAAAAACAAAUGGAUAAAAAUGUUCAAUCACAAGAGAAUGAACAUGAGAAAGAAGAAUUUUCAGCUAAAAAAUUCUCAUUGGAAAGUAGCUUGGGUAGUGCAGAACUUGACAAUAGAAGAUUAAUAGAUACACAAAAUGCUUUAUCAACAGAAAUUUUACACGAAUUUGUGCCAGCCACAAAAAUAAAAGGCAGAGAAGAUUUCAUACCAGAAUCUUCCCAUUACAAACUGUAUGAUGAUUCAUCGAAAUUUACUGUAAAUGUUGAACGCGAAUUUGAUUUACAUUUCCCCCAAAAACUUAAUGUCUAUUGUUACAUGUCUGAAGAAGACUUCAAACCUUCCUUAAAAGGAAAAACUGGAGUCUUGAAUUAUUAUUUAAUGGAUGGUGCUUCAGUUUUACCCAUAUUGGCCCUAGAUUUGAAACCAGGAUUAAGUAUUUUAGACAUGUGUGCAGCACCAGGUGGUAAAAGUUUAUUGUGCCUACAGAGUUUGUACCCUGAUAAGGUUGUUUCGAAUGAUGUUUCUAGAAGCAGAGUUAACAGAAUUGAAAAUGUUUACAGGCAGUUUUUAUAUGAUUUUAAUGAGAUAUGGUUGAAAACAGGGAAGAUCAAACUCACUAAUCAUGAUGGGAGGUUUAUUACAAAUGAAAAUUUUGAUAGGAUUCUAGUGGAUGUUCCAUGUACAACUGAUAGACAUUCAUUAAAAGAAAAUGAUAACAACAUUUUUAAGCCAAGUAGAAUAAAAGAAAGACUAAAACUUCCAGAAUUACAAUGUGAAUUGUUAGUAAAUGCUCUAAAAAUAAUUAACAAAGGAGGAAUAGUUGUCUAUUCAACUUGUUCAUUAAGUCCUAUUCAGAAUGAUGGAGUUGUUCACAUGGCAUUAAAAAAAAUUUGGGAGGAAACAAAAUUUGAAAUAGUAGUAAAGGAUUUAUCUCCAGCUUUAUUGCAAGCAAGAAAUCUCUUCAGUUUUGCAAGAAAGGAUUUGUUGAAGUAUGGACAUUUAGUAAUCCCAAAUGUUGAAAAGAAUUUUGGACCAAUGUACUUUUGUAAAAUGCAAAGGAUAAAAUAGUUUAAUUAAGCAAAA